GUAAUAUAAAGUUAACCUUUGAGGACACAAAACAAAUCGCAUUAUCUAAACAUAGGGAAUGUCUUUUAACUAAGUAUAAAAACAUAGCUGUUCCUAAUAGUAUUCAACAAGGAAGCUGGUAUCCAUAUUAUGCAGGUGAUAUGAAAUUAACUCUUGAGAAUGCAAGUAAAUUGCAUUAUCUAGAUAUGGCAAUACUAUUCAAUUAA